AUGAAUUUUGUACAUUCCGUUUCAUUCCUUUUUCUUGUUGCCUGUCAACAGGUGGAGGCCAGUUGCUCGAGCUGUAAGGCCGUACCUUCCGGGGCUUGUUUGAGCGAUUGUGAGGUUUUUGCCUACAAAGCUCCAGAGAUCAGCUACACUGCAUAUGCCGGCUGUCGGGAAACAACCAUAUCGUGCACUGACACGCAAAUCGUGUACCUUGUAGGGCUUCUCCCAAAUAAUGUUUCGACGAUCGUUGCGGAAGUUUCCAGCUCCGGCGGAGAAACCGUAACAGCUAGCGCCGUUUUUGAUUGUUCCCAAAAUGGGGCCUUAAACAUUGCUGGCAACGAUAUUCAAAACCGUUUUGCCUGCCAUGUACCCAAACCC